CAGAGAAAAAUCCUUCCUCCUCGCCAGUUUGUUAAAUGUAAUCUAAAAUCUCUUGGAUUAUGUAUUUGUGCGCCUUCUGCGUUGGAGGGCCUGUUUCACACACACACACCUAAACACGCUCACAUCCAACUGGGGAUGUUUCUCCUCUCUGGUUUUUAUGGGCCCGGGUUACUGUUUAACAUCCCCACCCUAGUUUAAGUUUGUUUAGUAAAUCGAUCUUAUGACAGGGCUAUGAUGGCGCCGUCCAAUGUGUCGCUCCAUGAAUUAUUGGCAGCUCAGCUCUCCUGCCUGCCCUUUUAAUGUUUUCCAACACUUUACACUAUUCUAAAACUCAGCUGCUUCGUAAGCCCGAUGGCUCACUGAGGGCUGCUCCCCUGUCAAAGUACAGCGAUACACCUGGAUAAAUGCACAUACCAGACCACGGAAACACAGACAGCAUGCCGACAGAACCAAGCCACCCCGGUCCGGAUGGGCUGAACGCUAACUGCGCAAUCUGUGGAGACAAAGCGACAGGAAAACACUACGGGGCUUCCAGCUGCGACGGCUGUAAAGGCUUCUUUAGACGCUCCAUACGCAAAAGCCAUGUGUACACCUGCAGGUUCAGCAGACAGUGUGUGGUUGAUAAGGACAAGAGGAACCAAUGUCGCUUCUGCAGACUCAACAAAUGCUUCAGAGCAGGCAUGAAAAAAGAAGCGGUGCAGAAUGAGAGAGAUCGGAUCAGUUCCCGAAGAAUCAUCCCAGAUUCCCAAGACCUUCCACCUAUUACUAUCUUGGCACAGGCAGAAUCAUUAUCUCAACAAAUUAUCACUCCUGUAGGAUUAGCGGACAUAUCGGAGGUGAAAUCAGCCACCGUAGGGGAUGUGUGUGAUUCCAUGAGGCAACAGCUGUUGGUUUUGGUGGAAUGGGCCAAAUACAUCCCGGCCUUUGGGGAGUUGCCUCUGGAUGAUCAGGUGAGCUUGCUCAGGGCUCAUGCAGGCGAACACCUCUUGCUUGGGGUUGCCAAAAGGUCAAUGCCAUUCAAGGACUUCCUCCUUUUAGGAAAUGGCUGCGUGAUACACAGGAACAGCCCUGAAGCUGAGAUUUGCAGGGUUGCCAACAGGAUUUUAGACGAGCUAGUCCAGCCCUUCCAAGAUAUUCAGAUAGAUGACAACGAGUAUGCAGCUCUCAAGGCAAUUGUCUUCUUUGACCCAGAUGCAAAGUCCUUGCGGGACCCUACAAAAAUUAAAACCGUGCGUCUUCAGGUUCAGAUGAGUCUGGAGGACUACAUUAAUGAUCGUCAGUAUGACUCCAGGGGUCGUUUUGGAGAGCUCCUGCUCCUGCUUCCCACCCUGCAGAGCAUCACCUGGCAGAUGAUUGAACAGCUCCAGUUUGUUAAGCUCUGUGGCCUGGCCAAGAUAGACAACUUGCUGCACGAGAUGCUGCUGGGAGGCCUGACGGCAGAGUCCAACCACCUUCACCACCCGGCGCACACCCAGCUGGCCCAGGACCCUGUGACCGGACACACCCUCGUCAUCAGCACCAUGCCUGUCGCUCACGUCCCACCCAUAGCUUCACCAGAGACACCCAUCCCGUCGCCACCGCAGGGUCCUCCCACAGAAAUGUACAAACACUUCCCUCAGCCUCAUUGUCCUCCAGCCAGCCCGUCGCCCUCUGCACAGACAGACCCCUGACUCCUUCCUGGUCCACAUCAAAGAGUCUUUCACUGGGCCAGUUUUUAUUUUCUUGUCCGUAGUUUAUUAUACUGAUGCGAGAGUUGGAAAAGCACUCCUUCUUCCGUGUGUGCCUUAAAGACCUCCCCGCCCCCCUGGUUGCUGCUCAUCUUGCAGCAACCAGCGGCCUCAGAAUAAUUGCCUGCUCUUCAAAUGCAAGCUUUUUAUUCAAAUUUAACCCAUCACAAAAAGUCUACAUCCUUCAACAAGAGACCAGACACAGUGGCUUCAGCUGUAAUGAUCAGAGGGCACAGAGCAAUUUAGGGGCUCAUUUGGGCUUUGGCUGGUGUUGUAACCUGCUCGGGCCAUUCGGAUCAUUCCCAUAGCCGUCUCGCAGCGGCAGGACAUGAUGUGUGCGAGUAAACCGUAAUGACGGCACAGCAGUGACCUGGUUAAUUGAAUAGCCCUAGAUGACAACAGGCUCAGUCGUCUGAAAAAAAAAAAAAAUAUAAUGUAAGUAGGCUGAGAAACUAUUGCUCGCCGUUUCAGGGCUUAAAAGACAAAUCCUCAGGAAUUUUUUUGAUAAAGCUGAAACGAUUUAAAGUCUCCAUCAAAUGCAGGACUGAACGGAGCAGAGUGGAGCUAUAAAACCCGCAAUUCUAAGUGCGAGUGAGCCACAUUAACACGUUUUACAUCUCGCCCAGAAGCGUGUAUUUACCCGCUUUUGAAUUAUUCCAAUAAACAUUUGCUCACCUGCCUUCCAUCCAACCCAUGUGCCUACAGUCAAACAAAGCCCAGGGGUCUUUGAGCGCUGGAGUUCGGUUAACGGUGAAGCGCAGGUGAGCUGUCGCAGGGAUCCGUCUCCUGCAACAGUCUCUAAAUCCAGCCAUCCCUGACUUGACCUCACCCGUGAUUAGAUAUGGGCUCAGAGCUGCAUGUAAAGUAGAUGAGGUAAACAAAAAUAUGGUCAGAUACUGCAGAGCACAGUGGAAACAAUUAUAAACAAACGGUAACAAAUUAAAUAAUACUGAAGUGUGCAGAUUUCACUGGCAGUUCCUUCUCUGUCUUAAUAGAUUUCAGUCUGUUAACUGAGCGGAGAGCGCACUUAGCAAAGACUGGCUUCCUGAAUGUAUAAAAACUCCAAACAAGAGACCGGCUGCUCACAACAUAGUGCAUUUUUCUCAAUAAUAAACAGACAUAUAAUAACAGCGAAGUGUAUGGAGUGUAAGGUUUGUACAGUUUUUAAAGAGGCUUUUUUUAUUUUACUUUUCAUAUAUGAACGUAUUUAUGUGAAACAUUCCAAUCAGAUGCUCUGCUAUUUCUACAGAUGCAUCUCACUUCCUGUUUAUUUUAAUAUACACAGCCAGGUUAGAAUGAUCCAAAUCCAGGCAAGGUGCUGCUGUAAUUAGGUUUUAGAAACUCAUUUAGCCUAUUGUGUGUUUUCUGCCAGUUAUUGACACAGACAACUGCACCUAGUUUUCUAGGUUUUGCACUUUAAGAAUCGUUUAAAUAUUCGGGUCCCUGGCUGUGCUAACUUUUUAUUUUCAUAUGAAACCCCCGGCAAAGUUCUUCUCAGUGUCUUAAAUCCUAAACCCCGCAUUUUUUACAUGGAAUUUAAGUAAACUGGGAUUACUCCAAGUCCAACAGAAAUAGCCCAUCUAUCUUAACAGUGGUGUAGGUUUUUAUUUGUUUCAGUGGUAUCAUCUCAGAGGUAUGAUUUAAAGAGAAAGCGAGUCAUAGAUUUGUCUGUUUAAAUGACUGAGUGGGUUAAGCCUUGAGGAGAUUUUUCUUUAAAUGUCAUAAGAAUAUUUUUUUUUGUGUGUGUACAGUUUAUUAUACAUCAAAGGUUUAAUUCUAAAAAAAAUGUAAAUAUAAAAAAUGUCCAGCUUUAACUGAACAGCAUGCAUCAAGACCUUGAAAUGUAACCUCUGUCGGCUUCCCUUCACCAAAUUAUUUAGGUUGUCCUAAAAAAUAAAUCCUGGACAUUUUUUUUUUUAUCGUUUUAUUUUACGGAUCUGAUCGGAACAAGCACCUGAAAAAACAAAAAAAAACUUAAAUUCUGUGGUUUCUAUUAUAUUCGGAGAAAUUAAGAUAUAGUUGCCACACAAAAUGAUGCAUACAUUUAGCUAUUGUGCAUGUCUUUAACAGCUAAAAUUGUACAUCUGUUAUUUGUGUCGAACCUUCUCUUAAAAAAUGAUUAGAUAGUGGCAAAGAUCACAAAAAUGUAAGAAAUUGUAAGAAAGUAAUCUUCAGUGCAAAAUGAAUAUGUCUACAUUGUAAUAUUUAACUUAUGUAAUAUAAAUUCAUAACUGAACAUGG